CAUAAAACGCAGCUGGAAAGAAAGAGCAAAGACGCAGACCAAAGAAACAUACCUUUUCGCCGGAGAAGAAGACUGAAGACGGCCGACGCUGGACGGCUGGAGACGGUUCGUAGCUCGCCAAAAGGUAAUCGACAAAGAUUAGGGCAAUUUCUCUAGUUGAGAGACAUUUCACCUUUGAGUAUUUUUUUUGCUGGUGAAAAUGUAUGAAACUUGAUGUGAUCAAAUGAGGAAGCUGAAUGCUAGGCUUUAGCCACAUAUGAGUUGAUAUGGCCAAAACAUUACUUUAGGGUUUACAGUUCUACACUCUCCCACGUCCCACCGAUGACAUUGAUAUGCAAUAACUUAACAGAACUGUACAAUUCAUUGAAUCUAGUGUUUCAUGAGAGGAUCAACAACAUUGAAGCUGACUAUGGACUUGUUCUCUUCACCUGAUCUGAAUCAUUCUGAUCUCAUUGGAAUAAGUUCCUUAUGUUAACCGUCUGUCCAUACUUUUGUAAAUCAAAACAAUACAAUCUCCUUGUUCUUCCGAGGAAACAUUGCAUUCAUUUUUAAACUUGAUUAAGAUUUUCUAAUUUUGUAUCAGCCAUCAUAAUGCGCACUGCGAAUUCGUAAGCUUAUGUACUGCAGUUUUGUCUAUUGGUGUAUAACUGUUUGGAUAAGUAAAGUAGUAACUAUUGGCAUCCUGGAUUUAACACAACAUAAUUAUUUGGUGCAGAUAUUUUGCAUUUUGGCUUGCUGUUUUGGGAGGCAAAUUUAGUUUUGCUUAUUUUCUACUAAUCUACCUCCUAGAUACUCAUCUAUUUUACACUAUUAUAUCUUCUAUCUGUGGUUUCCUGUUGGGAGCAAAGGAACGUCUUGGAGAGGGAAUCCAUGUGUUCAUCUGGUUUGGAACUCCAGAGGAACAAAGUUGAUGCUGCUAAGUUUGCUCCUUUUUGGAAUAAGAUUAUAAGGAAUUUGAGGGAAGAAGACUACAUUAAUAGUUUGGAAAUGGAGUUGCUUUUAAUGCCUAAAAAUUCAGGGAUAAUAUCAUAAUAGACAAUAUUCCCUUGGUUCAAUGGCCACUGUUCCUUCUAGCAAGCAAGAUAUUUCUUGCUAAAGAUACUGCUAUUGAGGGUAAAGAGUCCAGACUUUCGCAAGAAGAGCUAUGGGACAGGAUUUUAAGGGACGAUUACAUGAAAUAUGCUGUUCAAGAGUGCUAUUAUACCCUCAAGUUAGUCCUCACAUCUGUGUUGGAUACUGAGGGUAAGAAGUGGGUUGAGAGAAUAUAUGACGAGAUUCAGAGAAGCAUAGCUAAUAGGAGCAUACUUGUUGAUAUUGAAUUGAAUAAGCUACCACUAAUGAUUCAGAAAGUUACUGCACUAUUGGGAAUACUGAAGGAAGAACAUUCUCCGAAACAGGAAAGUGGUGCUGUUAAUGCCAUGCAAGAUCUUUAUGAUAUUGUCCGAUGUGAUGUUCUUCAUGUCAACAUGAGCAAGAACCUUGAGACAUGGAAUGAUUUGUUAAAAGCUAGGAAUGAAGGUCGCUUAUUUCAGAAGUUGAAGUGGCCGAGAGAUGCUGAUUUGAGGGCCCAAAUUAGAAGGCUUUAUUCACUUCUCACCAUCAAGGACUCUGCUCACAAUAUCCCAAGGAAUCUUGAGGCCAGACGUCGGCUGGAAUUCUUCACGAACUCCCUUUUCAUGGAGAUGCCAGUAGCAAAAUCUGUUCGUGAGAAGCUGUCCUUCAGCAUGUCUGAACUCCUUAAAAGAAAUGAAGACGGGAUCUCAACUUUGUUUUACCUACAAAAGAUAUAUCCAGAUGAGUGGAGAAACUUCCUUACUCGGAUUGGUCGUGAUGAAAACACAUCAGAGUCAGAUCUUAGUAAUAAUGCCAAUGAUAUUCUUGAAUUGCGUUUUUGGGCUUCAUACAGAGGGCAAACAUUGGCUAGGACUGUGCGUGGAAUGAUGUACUACCGAAAAGCUCUCAUGCUUCAAGCGUAUUUGGAAAGGGUGGCAGCUCAAGAUUCUGAGGCUGCAAUUUCACAGAGCAAAGCAACUGAUACCCAAGGUUUUGAGUUGUCUCCUGAAGCAAGAGCUCAAGUAGAUCUCAAAUUUACCUAUGUAGUUACCUGCCAAAUAUAUGGGAAACAGAAAGAGAAUCAAAAGCCUGAGGCUGCAGAUAUUGCAUUACUAAUGCAAAGAAAUGAAGCACUCCGAGUUGCUUUCAUUGAUGAGGUUGAGACAUUGAUUGAAGGAAAAGUGCACAAAGAAUACUUCUCGAAACUUGUGAAGGCUGACAUCAAUUGGAAAGAUAAGGAAAUAUAUUCUGUGAAAUUGCCUGGAAAUCCAAAGCUUGGUGAAGGGAAACCUGAAAAUCAAAAUCAUGCUAUUAUAUUUACACGUGGAAAUGCAAUACAGACCAUUGAUAUGAAUCAGGAUAAUUACUUUGAGGAGGUUUUGAAGGUGAGAAAUCUUCUUGAAGAAUUUUACCGUGACCAUGGAGUUCGCCCCCCUACUAUUCUUGGUGUUAGGGAUCAUGUGUUUACUAGAGGUGUUUCUUCUUUAGCAUCCUUCAUGUCUAAUCAGGAAUCUAGCUUUGUGACUCUUGGCCAACGUGUUCUAGCAAAUCCUUUGAAGGUUCGUAUGCAUUAUGGUCAUCCAGAUGUCUUUGAUAGACUAUUCCAUAUAACUAGGGGUGGUAUCAGCAAAGCAUCUCGCGUCAUAAAUAUUUGUGAAGAUAUCUUUUCUGACGACAUACAAGCUGGAAAUUUACAGCUUGAGUUGCCUUCCUCCACCUCUGGUCUCUGCUCUUGCUACUACGACAGCACAUGGAAUUCCUUAAUGGAGAUUGUACUUUUGUUGGUUGUAUAUCUUGUGUAUGGCUUUAGCAUAGGUGCUUUAUCGUACAUUCUUCUCACGAUUAGCAGCUGGUUCUUGGCUAUUUCUUGGCUAUUUGCACCAUAUUUGUUUAAUCCAUUUGGCUUUGAGUGGCAAAAGACGGUGGAGGACUUCAGAGAUUGGACAAACUGGCUUCUGUAUAGAGGUGGAAUUGGAGUUAAAGGAGAAGAAAGUUGGGAGGCUUGGUGGGAUGAGGAGCUGGCUCAUAUUCGAACAUUAGGGGGGAGGCUGAUGGAGACCAUUCUUAGUUUAAGGUUUUUUAUAUUUCAAUAUGGCAUUGUAUACAAGCUACAUUUACAGGGAGAUAAUACAUCUCUGACGGUUUAUGGGUUUUCAUGGAUUGUAUUUGCGGUGCUUUUGAUCCUCUUCAAGGUGUUCACAUUCAGCCAGAAAAUAUCAGUUAAUUUCCAGUUGUUGCUGCGCUUUGUCCAAGGCCUUUCCUUUUUACUUGCACUAGCUGGUUUAGCCACUGAUGACCUAUCUAUUGCGGAGGGAAAACCAAAUUCCUCCCAUUUUGAUUGCAUCGGCAUGAUUAUCUUCAUCCCCAUUGCAUUCUUCUCCUGGUUCCCAUUCCUUUCGACCUUCCAAACCCGCCUCAUGUUCAACCAAGCUUUCAGUAGAGGUCUCGAGAUCUCCCUUAUACUUGCGGGGAAUAAUCCCAACACUGAUUUGUGAUCAAGCGCAGAUAGACCCCUCCUCCCCUGCAACUUCUAGGGUCUACCAUUCCUUUAUUUUUGGUCUACCCUUAUUUCUAGGUUGCUUCAUGAAUUUAGCAAACCAACAGAGUUUUGCAAGUACUAUAUAAUUUUUCUUUUUUCAUUAGCUUUGUGGCCAAAUGUUGUAUAAACCUUUCGUAUCGAUUCCUUUGAAUUUGUAGUGUCUGAAAUUUGUAAAAAUCAAGCUCUUUUUUUGAGUAAAAGAUGUGUCUUAUU